AUGGCUUCUGCUAUAAUUAACCAGCUGCAUGUUACUACUCGAAUCGCGAGUAAGACCAAAGGCCUAGGACAAAUCAUAUAUAACAUUCUGCUGUUUACGGAGUAUACUCCUUACUUACGCUUCUGGGGCAAGGGGGGACCAGAGUGGUCUUGCAGCACGUGGAGACUAAAUUGCGAUGCAUUCUUAGUCUUCUUAAGUCCUCCAUCGCCGCGCACGCAAUCGAUCACUUCCUUCGUCCAUCUCAAGACACUGACAAUCGUCAGCAGUAAUUACUCCCAUCCAGAUAGCGGAUCAGCUUCUGUCUCUCUGCGUCUGAAAGCUUCCUCCAAGGCUCGAUUCGGAACCAGCGCGGUGCGAGAAGGGAACCCCUCGGUCGGUCGCAUGAACAAUGCCCGAAGAGCAUCUAGCAUAGAGUACCGUCCAACGUUGUGUGGCGUGGAUCGAUACCUGCAACUUGUUCCACGAGUGUCGCCCAGGUAUCGCAAGCGGGGUUCGGGUGAUUUCAUGUCACCACACUCAUUGCAGCUUUUCGAGAUGAGCGCUCUAGAUUUGCCCAGUCAUAUCCCUCACCAGCACGGCAUCCAAAAGUCGCUGAACAUUCACGAUCUGCACGGUUUAGACAAAUUGAAGUCCCAGGAUGCAUCUUGGUCGGAUAUUGAUGAGGACAGUGAGAGUGACGACGAAUUCAUUUCGCCCAUCUCUGACAAGCCGCCAUCGUGGUCGGGAACGCGCUGGGCUCGCUUUUUCCCGGAAUUGGCUUCUCACUUCUCCCUGACGUCGCCCACUAGCAGUACCCCUAGGUCCCCUUCGAGCGCAGGUCUGGCAUCUUGCCUAAACUCUCCGACUAGCCUGAAAUCACCCGACUCGACGGUAGGCGAAGAGCGACCGCCGUCUGUAUCUUCGGACGAAGCCUCGGACAAACGAUCGUCCAGAUCAACCCUAAGAUUCUCAAUCAUGAGACCAGAGUCCCUGGUUUCGUCUCCUCGGCGAGACACCUCACUUCCAAUACAUGCAUCCUCUCCCAGUCUCUCGAAACCUUUUGCGGGUGAUGGAAUGUUACAAGAUUCCCCAUCUCGGAAGUUAUCGAGGCACUUGUCAUUCAAGGAGACACGAGAGAGACCGCUCUCCAGAAUCCCGUCGUUUCAACUGCCGCCGUUAUUGGCUCGCCGCAAGUCUCAUCACUUGCCUAGAGGCCGCGAGGCGGGGAAUAACAACUAUAGGUCUCUGAACUCUCCCUCGUUACCCGACAUACAAGAGAAUUAUCAUCGCCCUCCGCUUUCUCAGGCAGCCGUGGUAGCCGUGCAGAACCCGACCAAUUUCGCCGACCCACUGCAGACUCAAACAAGGUCACCCCACAACCACCUGCGUCUCUCUGAGAGAAAUUCACAGUCACGUAGAGAUAACAUGGGUUCAAUAGCGACACGGCCAGCACCGAUCUCUCCUAUGAGUAUCCAUGACGUGCAGCAAGCCAUCAAGGCCCAAUCCCGAGAAGGAAUGGGUCAAACAAUGCCAGACCACAAGAACAAAGGAUCGUUUUCUUUCGGUCUGUCGGGCCUCAACCAAUGGUCUAGCCCACCCAACCUUCAUCAUUCUGGUAAUCAUUUUGCUGGAGCAAAAUUGAUACCUACUCCACCGUCAUCCCAUCUCACUCAAAGUGAGAACAAAGAUGAAGUUGCCGAACUACCGGGUUCCCCUGUCAAUGUUUCGAACGGCAUCCCUGCAUCCAGUAAUAGUACGCGGGAGGCACGUUCAAAACACUCGACACGUUCAGCCCUUGACACAAAGGAUGUUGACAAUCCUGGUUUCAAGGAUUCCUCACCACCUCAGACCAUAGCAAAGAAGGCGAAUGAGGUUGCCAAUCACAAGUCGAGAUAUAAUAAGCUGAAUGACGCGGUUCUUGUGGGAUCCUCGGAGAAAUACUUUGUGUCUCACAGCAAGUAUGGUGGCCUUGCUACAAAUACGUCGCGACGCCAGGAUGCCUCGCAAACCCCUACCAUCUACGAGCUCGAUGCCAACUCUGCUGCCUCACAGAUUGAAUCGCACAGCAACACCACAUCCACCGUUCCCACUUUACCAGAAGCGAUGAACACUACCUUGCCUGAGGGUGUUAUUCUAACGAUUCUGCGACAAGUUGACUCGCUUGACGACCUCUUUAGUAUUUCCUUGAUUUGCAAAACCUUCUUCCGCACAUUCAAAGAUCAUGAGUUGGAGUUAAUCAAGGAUGCAGUGUUUGCCAUGUCACCCCCGGCGUGGGAACUGCGCGAAAGGAGUCCCCCUUGGAGUACAGAUUGGCAGGUUCUCCUUGACCCCGACGCUCCCGUUCCCGAGUAUACACCAUCCUUGUAUCUGAAACAUUAUGCGCAAGACAUCUGUACUGUCGCCCAGCUGAAAUCAGUUAUUUUAUCCCGAUGCUCGUCCUUCCUCCGCCCAGAGACGAUACGUGGACUUUCCGGCCUGGAUGAUGCGCUUGCGACCGAGGUGGACGAUGCCUUCUGGCGGGUCUGGACGUUCUGUCGCAUAUUUGGGUGCGGGAAGAACAGAGAAGGCGAUAUCGCGGGACAAAUGGACUGGAUCAAGGGUGGGACAAAGAUGGCCGACCAACGUGUCUCCGUGGCACAUUCCAUCACUGAUCAUUACGAUAUGGGUAGUGUGUUGUUUGAGCCACCCCCUGGAUUCGGGUAUGGUAACGCGGGAGGUUUAUCACAGGAGCAGCUUCACACUAUGACUGAGAUUUGGAAUUGCCUCGGCGUGCUGCUUCAGCCCAUGCACGGGAAAGCCAAAAUGGCACGAGAGGCGGGGAUAUUUGACGGUCACAAUGUGAAGGAGAAUGCCACUGCUAAGGAGGACGCAGUACUAGAGGAAUGGACCCAUUACAUCCUCACACUCGGUCUUUCGGCCGUUUUGAACCUCGGUUCGAUUACCACAGACGAGAGCGCCGUUGCAGCCAAUUUCCGAAAAGCUAAAACUAUGGGCCUGACAAAUUGGCUGUCCUCGGAUAGCGUUGCAAGUCGAUCGUCGUUCUUGCGGGAGGCUGUAUCGAAAGCCUAUGGGUCACGGGGAGGAGGCCUGUCCGAGGCGUCAUUCAGAUCAUCCAGCCCCAUUGUUCACGACUGUUCCCCCGUUGGCGGCAGUGCGGGGAAAAGUGAUUCCACUCUUGAGAUGCAGCGUCGCAGACAAGCGGCCUACUCAGCCCAGCUUAAGAUCCGGAAACAGCAAACCAUGAACCUACCACCUCCCAAGCCCGCCGAAGAGCGACCAAUAUCUAAUUAUGAAAUGAUCAUCAGCCGUCUGGAAGGCAAAUCACGCGGGCCCGCCCGCGCGGAGAGCUUGGUCUCGCCUCCUCGGGGUAGCUCCACCGUGCCGGGUCUCCACCAGCGUAAUGCUGCACCCAGCUUGCAGCAACCGCAGGUCCGUGACCCUACCGACAAAGCCAUGGAUUUGUUGGUUCGGGAGUUAGGCUUCAAGGAGGAAGACGCCAAAUGGGCCUUAAAGAUCACUGAUAGCGGCGAGGGGAUCAAUGCCAGCGCGGCGGUUUCGUUGCUCACGCGGGAGCACCGCAAUCGACAAGACGGCCGAGGAGGUACAACUCCGCCCAGUGGCAGUCUGCUUUCCUCGGUCAUAAAUAGUCCCGAGUCGAGGACUUCGGGAUGGAAAUGGGCUAGAUCGUGA